CAGUCUCUGUCAUCGAUGAGAGGUGGGAGGAUGGCGCUUCGACAUUUAUCCACGGAGGAUUUAAUCACGGAGCUAUUUAAUUUUGGGAUAGAGGUCACUGAAGAGGAGAGAAAUAAAUUCAAAGAUAAUGAAGUUGACGGAGAAGCAGUGGACUAUGGAUUGACAGAGAGGAUGAUUUCAUGCCUCUUUGAAGGAUCGUUUAAGAAGCAAGCCAAAUUCAACCGAUUUGUUCAGCAGUGGAAAGAAACCGUGACACUAACCCUCGAGCCUGUCCCGGUACAUUCAGAGAAGGCUACAGCGGAAUCAAGUCAUGCCAUCCCAUCAUCAGCCUUCCCAGCAGUUUUCAUCAUUCCAAAAUUUCCCAGAGAUGUUCAGACAAAGUUGGAACAAAAACCGCCAUGUAAAAUUGAGAGAUCCGAUCACAACAAAAUCAUAAGAACAUUGUAUGAAACCAUGGCCCUGAUCAAAAUGUUUCCGACCAAUGAUGACUAUGUGAAAGUGUGUAAGGCCCUGAUUUUGAAAUACCCUUUCUUAAAAGACAAAGAAGGCAAUGGUUAUCAUACCUGGCACAUGUCUCUCAAACGUAAGUUCAAAUAUGAGCAGGUGCCACUGGUAGAUGAUGAAGAGGUGAGAAGAAUGAAACAGAAAUUUGGUCAUCACACAAAGCCUUUACAACUGGAAGAAAACACAAGCAAACGAGCCAAGGCAUCAAAGAAGGUGGAUAUUAUUGGGGAGGAUGAUACCUCAGUAGCGAGCCAUGUGAAAGUCCUGCAGGACCAGUACCGGAAGACACAGCCAGAUGCCCGAAUUGUGGAGGAACGGAUGAUGAGGACAUUUGCUUGGAGAAGGCGAGAGAUUGCCAAUGGGAUGACUGUCAAAGAAGCCAUUAACAAAUAUCCAUUCCUUAAGAGUCCAUGCGGGCUAUUUCAGGAAAUGGGCCGGCUUCAUGAUGAAAUGAAUAUCUGCCGAAGGUUCGAAGAUGGCUUUAAGGUUCUAGUACCCAAAGUGCUUAGCUUGACUCAAAGGAAAUCUCCCCUUGCAGAUCUGGCUUUGGAGGAAAGAGAGGCUGCCCUCACCGAAGAUGUCCCUGGGAUUGAUUUCAGAGCUGCAAUCCUGCUGUUGCCGAUCCUGUUCAGGGAGAAAAAUGACAUUCUCUUCAUACUUGGGAGAAGGAUCAGCCACCAUCGCCAUAUCCUACUGUACAACUCGAAGCUGUCACUGACUGGAGGAGUGUGCUGACUCAAAAGGUCCCUGCAGUGGUCAAACUGGAUGGGCAGUCAGUCUGCAGGGCGCUUGGUUUGGAGGAAGG